AUGCAGCAGCUUCAACAACAGUCAUUCCUCUUGAUGCCGCAACCUCGUCGCUGUCUUUCUUCUUGGGAAACACGUGCAUAUGCUCGUGCUAGAGAAGAGACUGAACUUGAAGAUAGAAAACUCAGAAUUGAAGAUGCAAAGAAUGCUACGUUUGCUGCCAUGGAUGAAGGGAUAGUACCUGGUGGGGGUGCAACAUAUGUUCAUCUCCCGGAGCAGAUUUCCUCAAUAAAAGAUUCCAUGGAAGAUGAAAAUGAGAAGAUCAGUGCUGAUAUUGUUGCAAAGGCACUUCUUGCACCUGCAAAAACAAUUGCAACUAAUGCAGGGGUCGAUGGAGCAGUUGUGGUGGAGAAUAUUCGAUCUCGUGACUGGAGAACUGGUUACAAUGCAAUCAAUGGUAGAUAUGAAGAUCUCCUGAAUGCAGGUGUGGUAGAUCCUUGUAGAGUUUCUAGGUGUGCACUUCACAAAGUGCCGUCUCAAUCGCUGGGAUAG